UGUUACUCCUCAUCCCCACUCCUCCCUUUACCAUACCGCCAUUGCUAAUAUUUUAACACGACUAUUUAUACUGAACCUUAUUCUUGAAUGUACGCAUUCAACUGAAUGUAAACACCCAUGUUUGUUGUUUUUUUUAAAUUAGAGUAGUAGGCCUAAGGUAUCGCCAUUAACAACAGACUGCGCAUUUCAAGAUGACGCCGGAUGUCCUAGAACUGAGCUACACAUCGUGUGCCUUAAUCUCCUGUGUACUCGCUGGCGCUAUCGUCUUCAUCAUCAAACUCACCACAUCCUCCACUAAAAACGUCCCACCUGGACCACGUGGUUUGAGCUGCACGUGGCAGUUGCUGAAAGCUUCCUGGCAAGUUGACCUGCCCGAACUAGCGGCCAGAUGGGCUUCAAUCUACGGCCCACUCGUCUACUUCAACUCCGGUGGAAUCAAGUUCUGCCAUGUCAACACGCCGGAACUUGCCAGACUUCUGCUGGCAGGUGACAAGUUCCGAAACUUGACAUCCGAUCGUGUCGGUAACUUUGUGUCCAAGUUUACCUGGUACAACGGGAAGGAUAUGUUUUUCACAAGCUACGAUUCGAUCACACGGAAGAAGAGGCGCCUCUUCCACAAAGCUGUGGCGAUGUACGGAGACGGCGUGGAGAGAUUUGAGAAGGUGGUGGGUGAGGAGCUUGACUUCCUCUGUGUAGAGCUGGAGAAACUCAGUUCUGCUGGAAAAGAUGUACAAAUGGACGCCAUGUUGUCCAAUGCUUUGAAAUAUAUACUCUGUAUUCUGAUCAAUGCCGAAAGACCAGGUUCCCCCGAAGAAGCGGACGCUAUUGUCGAGUACGACCAAGCGGUCAACCAACUGGCCGCUGAGGACAUUCAUCUGGUGCUGAUGGCGGCGCCCUGGAUGCGGUUCAUCCCCAGCAAGUAUAGAACCGCCUGUCAAAAAGUCCUGGAGACCCGAGCAAAGGCCGAGAGUAUCAUGUUCACCAAGAUGAAGGCGACCUAUGACCCAUCCGCAACUCGUGGAAUCGCUGAUGUUUUCCUACAACACCGACACGUACCUGGCUAUGAAUUUCUCAAAGACGAUGAGCACAUCAAAGGUGUUCUCACGUUGUUGUUCUUUGCAGCACAUUUGACGUCGCGUGCUACUCUCUUGAACGCUUUCCUUAUUCUCCUCAACCACCCGGAAGUGAUGAGGAACAUUCAAGCCGAGAUUGAUCGAGUAGUCGGUCACGACAAGCCCCGAGUGGAGAACAGGGCAUCGAUGCCAUACACGGAGUCGGUCACUCUGGAAGUUUUAAGGUACAGUUCCUUCUUCCCUCUCAUUUGUGUCAGACACGCCAAGGAGGAUCUUCACGUGGAGAACUAUGUCAUCCCUCAAGGAACGCUGAUCUUGGUUAAUGUCGGCCAUUUUCACCGCGACCCGAAAUAUUGGGAAGACCCUUGGACAUUUAAACCUGAACGAUUUCUCGACGCCACUGGUCAAAUUCUACCAGCGGAUCACCCAGUCAGGAAAAAUCUUCUGGCGUUCGGGAUCGGAAAUCGCAUGUGUCCCGGUGAGGUAUUUGCUAGGUCACGUGUCUUCCUGUUUCUGACGCGAAUUCUACAAAAGUUUGACCUUCUCCCACCAGAAUCCGAGCCCCUACAAUCGUGUCACCCCCAGCAUAACUUGAAGGUGUUGGUCAGACAAGCCCCGCCCUUCAAGUGUCAGAUACGGAAAAGAAACAUUGAUUAAUUUUUAAAAUUGUUUUUGGGCUGUAUAUUAUACAUGCAUAAUUGAAGGGCGUGUUCUCUUUGUAAAACAUUCCUCAGUACACGAAUUUUCUAUUGUUUAAGUUGUGAUUGUUACACAGAAAUAAAC